CCGAAACCUACAAUUGGUUUAAAUAUAGAGAUUAAUCAUUGUAGAGGCAACCCGUACCAAUAUGAAUUUUAUUAGAAAGUUUAUUGGAACAUCCACUACCGAUGAGAUUGCCCAGAUUCCGUCGGGAAGGCUCUAUUUGACCAGGUCUCCACAAUCUCCCAAGGGUGAAAUUGAGUGUUUGUAUAAUGAUGCCUUUGCCUCAAUUAAGCAAACAACAAGACCUUACUUUUAUCAGUUAUGUAUUACUCGAGUUUAUCAGGAAGGUGAAUUGGAUGCUCAUGGAUCCAGUGGAUUUGAUGAUUCUGAUGAAGAUGAUGAGGAUGAUCAUGAUGGUCCACAUUCUAUUGCUGAUACUUCAGGUUCUGCUCAUUCAAAGGAUGAAUGGGCAUUUACAAUUCUUGAAGAUUUAAAGUUUCACACUUAUGAUAAAUCCGAUGGAACCAAAGCCAUUGUAUGGAAAGACUUGAAUGGAGAUUUGGGUGAUAAGUUUGAAUUCAUUAUAGAUGAAGAUGUUAAGGCAAAAGAUGUGGAUUCCUUUAUGUUUGCCUUAUAUAAGUGCUUAUAUGAACUGAAAUAUCAUAAGAGUUCACUUGCCAUUCAAGAUAUUAACCAAUUGAAGGAAUUCUUCUACAAUCCAAAGUCGGAAUUGUUGACUUUUGAUGAUUUGAAGUCUCCUAACAUUCUUCAAUACGGAUUAGAUGAGGAUGAAGAUGACGACGACGAGGAAGAAGAUGAAGAGGAAGAUGAUCCUGAAGAUGCAGACAAUGAUGAAUUUAUGGAUGCAGUAUCAGAAAGUGCCUUACCUUCUCAUUUCCCAAUUAGUCUUGAUCCUCCAGUUGAACCUCAUGGAAGACCUAUCUAUGAGAACGGUUCUUUUGAAUUGUUCUUAUAUGAUUCAGAGGCAGGAGUUUUCAAACCUCAAUUAGAAUCUUCCGAAGUUGAAGCAAAAAUCAUUGCAUUAAAUGACUGGGAGUAUACCUUAUAUGUUCAUAGUAAGACUGCUAAAUUGAAUAUCCACUUUAAUGCUAGUAUCAGUAAAAAUAUGAGUCCAAGUUUUAACUAUGAGAAUCUUUCAUUCAUAUUUAAUUACUUUCAUGUUCAAGGUGAUUCUGAAAUUGCUGCUUAUUCAUGUAUGUUUAAAUUUGGAACUUAUAAUGAAUUAGCACUUUUUCAAAAGGUAUUCUUAUCUUCAAUGUGGGAAACCUUGAAUAAGUCCAAGUGGGAUAAAACUGAUACUAGUGAUAAAGAUUAUGUUAGUGAUGCAUUUUCGAAUCUUAGAAUCUCAGAUGAUGUACAAGAAAAUGCCGAAGAUAGUGAAGAGGAAGAAGAGGAAGAAGAACCCGAGACUUCUCGUUCUAAAAGUGUUAAAUCGAAGACACUUUUUGUUAAUGAAGAUGACGAUGAAGACGAGUUUGGUGAUAAUGAACAAGAAAAAGAUCACAAAACUUUUAAGUCAUCUACUGAUAAGAAUAGUAACUUAUCUGUUGGGUAUGCUAAUAAUAAAAGUUUUGUUGCUAGAGGUAAUAAACUUGGAGUAUUUAAUAGUUAUAAUGAUGGACUUGCUUAUCAAACAACUAUAUCUGAUGUUAAAGAUUUGAAAGGUAAACUGUUUAUCCCAGAAAAAAUGAUUUUACAUCAACAAGAUCAAGUCAUGGUUAUGUCCAAUAGGCAACAUAAUGAUAAAGUUUUAUAUAAAAUGGAUUUAAACCGUGGUAAGAUUGUCGAAGAAUGGGAAAUAGAUGAAAAGAAUCCAAUUGUAUCUUAUGGUCCUAAUACUAAAUUCGCUCAACUUACAAAUGAUCCAAUUUUAACUGGUAUAAGUGAAAAUGGUUUAUUCAAUAUAGAUCCAAGAUUAUCAGGUUAUAAAUUGGUUAAUGAUAAUACCUAUAAAUCCUAUAAAACUACAAAUAAUAAGUUCCUGACAUUUGCUACUACUGAACAAGGUUAUAUAGCUGUCGGAUCUGGAAAAGGUGAUAUAAGAUUAUAUGAUAGAUUAGGUGUUAAUGCCAAGAGUGCUCUUCCAUCAUUGGGAGAACCAAUCAAAGGUAUUGAUGUAUCUAAAGAUGGUAGAUGGUUAUUAGCCACUUGUGAAACCUAUUUAUUAUUAAUUGAUACAAAGAUUGGAUCUAAUCAAAAGAAUGCUGGAAAUUUAGGUUUUACCAAAUAUUUCGAUAAGGAUAAGAAACCAACUCCAAGAAGGUUAGCUAUAAAGACAGAACAUGCUGCUUAUAUUGCUGCUGAUACUCACGGUAAACCAUUAAGUUUUACUCAAGCAAGAUUCAAUGCUGGAUUGAAUUCUAAAGAAACCAGUAUUGUAACAUCUUCUGGACCAUAUGUAAUCUCUUGGUCUUUACGUAAAGUCUUACUGGGAGCUGAAGAACCAUACACCAUUAAGAAGUAUAAACAAACUAUUAUUGCUGAUAACUUCAAAUUUGGAUCCAAUUCUGAUGUUAUUAUCGCUUUGCAAGAUGAUGUUGCCAUGACCAAUAGGCAAAGAUUAGAUCAUGCUAAUAAGGUACUUAAGCGUACAACUGUCAAGCCAUUUUUCUAAUCAGCUCCUAAUGUAACCCCUGUAAGUAUAUAAGUAUAUAAUGAUUUCUAAUACACGAAUAAUAAUAAUAUAAUAAUAUAA